AUGGUGUUGCUGAGACGGAAUCUUUAUAAUGGUACCUUAAGACCUAUAUUAUCAAAACUUCGCCCUGGCCUUAUUAUCAAUUCACGGUAUCAAUCUACUGUAAAAUCUUUCUUGUCUUCUCAAGAAGAUAAAGUAGAAUCGGAAGAACUGACUGUAAAUGAAAAGAAUCGUCCUAAUUUACAGAAGCAAAAUAAAAGUGGUAAAAAGUAUAAACCAUUGAACCGGAAACUAAAGGAUAUCACGGAACAGAUACGCUCUUCUGUAAGGACGUCGACUAAUGACUUAAACGAAGCUAUCGAUAUUCUUGAAGAAGGCUUGAGCUACUUGAGAGAAGUUCAGAUCCCUGAGCUGAUUCCCGAAGACUCUCUUUAUUCGAUUUUCCAACCAAUUUUGUUAGAUAUCAUGGGAAGGGCCAAAGAUGAUACUGUUUCUAUGAAUAAAUCGUUGGAAGAUUUGUUGGAUCUUUUCACUACAUACUCAGUUGCUCAUCAGUACCAUUUCACAGCAGUUGCUGCACACGAGCUUUCAAAUGGGGAUGAUAAUCGAACUGGUUAUGAAAAUGUCUUGAAGACCUGGCUCAAAUUUUUGGAGUAUUCGAAAUCUACCGAUAAUCCAUUAAUUUCUAAAUAUUAUGGAUUUAUGAGACAAGAAAAAAUCAUAUUCAACAAGAGCGAUCUUAGAAAUUUAGCCUAUUAUGCCUAUGUUCAAUCCUGUUUAAUUCAGAACGUUGAAUAUAACCUCAACGAUGCUUUGAAGAUUUUGCAGACGGACCAGGUGCCUGAGAUAUUUCAAAUAAGAAGAACUAUAGCAUCUUUAAAUCUCACCACAUCUCUCAGAGCAGAUUUUGAAAUUUUUUCCAAAAAGUUGGAUAAAAUUACUUUGGACCAGCUUGAUCCUAAUGGGUCCAUAGUUGUCAGGAAAAUUAAUCGUGCUAUUACCUCAAAUGAUGUUAAUGCAUUAAAUCGUACGUACGAGCAAAUUCAAAAUUCGGCCCUUAAUAGCAAAACACCAAUUACUGAGAACACAUUGGUGAGAUUGAUGAAUGGGUAUUAUGAGUGUAAACUGUUCAAGAAUGUAUUUCGACUUUUCCAGGACUUGAUCAAGAAUGGUAUUGAGAAGCCAAGUAGUGCAUCCUGGGAUUAUCUUCUAAGAGCGAUGGGUCACCCAAGCUUUCUUGCGGGAAUGUCACCAGAAGAAGUAGAGUCCAAUGUUUCCGUAAUCGAACGAACAAUUGACACAAUCAUUUCUAAUGGAAUUGAUAUCACACCGAAAACUCUUUCGAUUAUUAUAGCAGCCUUUUCUAACCUGAAUCGAUUUGAUAAAGUCGAUGAAUAUUUACAAAAGUAUAGCAAUUCAGGUGAUGGAAGUUUGCCCAUUAUUUAUGCUACAAAGAACAAUAUCUUGGUAGGCUUAAUUUUGAAUCAAAAAAUCGCCGAGUCCGAAUCAAAGUUGAAAGAAUAUAUGCAAGAUGGAUCGGGCUACAUUCCUUCUACAACAACAAUGAAUACGUUUUUGAAUUACUAUGCAAAAGUCAAAAAUUAUAAGGCUGUUGAUGGUAUUGUCCAGUUCAUGAAGAGGAAUAAUAUUCCAGAAGAAAUUGGAACUUACACAAUAAUUAUGGACCUAUUCUUCAAAAUGCAUCGUGAGAAAGGGUUAUCGCCCAAUAUUGGAGAGUUACUAACUGAGUUUAGUACACAAGGUAGUGUUCCAUUUAAUGAUUAUGCUUACAGUACAAUGAUAGAUGGUUUAGUUAAGGAUGGUAGUAAUUUAGAAGCAGCAAGAACAUUAUAUACAUAUGCAUCUAAAAAAUACAGAAGUUCUGCUCAACUAGUCACUUCAAUGCUUCAGGGAGAACUCGACUUUGGUUCCGUGGAAAGGGCGGAAGUUUUGUUUGCAUACUAUAUCAAAAAUAUCAGAAAUGAUACCAGAGUAUGGAACAUGAUGAUUAAAUCUCUUUUACCUAAGCACGAGGAGCUAGCAGUUCAGUAUUUCUAUAAUUUUCAAAAACAAAGUGAUGGCAGCUUGGAACCUAAUUUUUAUACCUAUUAUUUCUUGAUAACUCAUUUCAUGAAACGUGGAAACUCUAAACAAAUCCAGGCUAUUCUCGAUGAACUUUCCAGAAAACCUUUAAGGGAAAUGGGCUUUGAAUUACCUAGAAUAUUGAAGUCUUUAAGCAAGAAGCACCAGGUCGACGAGAACACAUUAAGAAAAAUUACAGAAACUCUUUAA